AUGGAUUUACGACGCUUCCUUUCUCAACUACUAUCCAUAGCCAUGACCCUUAGUGCGAUGUUCAUGGUAUGGAAGGGUACAAACGUGCUCACAGGAUCGGCAUAUCCCCUCAUGGUGGUUACGUCAGGCUCAAUGGAGCCAGCCUUCUACCGGGGCGAUCUGAUCUUUCUCUGGAAUCGCCAGCAACGGAUCCGCGCAGGGGAUAUUCCCGUGGUGUGGUUCGAAGGCCGCGAGCUGCCGAUGGUGCACCGGGCUAUCCAGGUGUCUUACGAGGUUCUGGAGGGGGAGAAUACUCUAAAGCAACACAUCUUGACCAAAGGCGAUAACAAUGCCCUUGACGACUCUAGUCUCUAUCCACCGGGACAGAGGUUCGUGUAUCGGGAGAAUAUCGUUGGACUGGUUCGGGGCUAUGUGCCGUACGUUGGAUGGCUGAGUCUUCUUAUCAAGGAUGUUCCGUGGGUUCCCGUUGGAUUGCUCAUCGCGGGGCUAGUCUUUUAG